GCGGCCCUCGGAGGCCGCGCGGUAAGGGAUGUGUCGCAUUGUCCGCGGCCUGGUUCGGAGCAGGCGAGUGUUGAAGCCGCAACAGGAGCAGGCCGGGAAGGGGGCGUUUUUUUCCUCCCCUUGUCUCCGCGCUUGGCGGCGGCUGAGCUACUGACGAGAGGGUGGUGCCGACUCAUCCUUUUCUCUCCCGGCCUCCGUGUGUCCCCAGCCGGCUACCCGUGUCAGCUUUUCCUGGGCCCUGAAGGGAGUUGGGGCCUUGAGGUUCAAAGGUAGCAGCCGCUUCCAUGAGAAGGAGUGAGGGGCACUCCCCUCUCCCGCCCCGUCAAGCCCGUGGCCUCGCCCGAACCUCCAUGGGCAGGACCCGCAAGCCCAACGUGUGCCGCCUGCUGAGCCGCCGGGCGCUGGGCUGCUUUUCACGCGACGCAGGCGUGGUACAGAGGACGAACCUGGGCAUCCUGCGAAUGCUCGUGUGCCAGGAAAGUACUAAGUUUAAGAAUGUUUGGACAACUCAUUCCAAGUCACCUAUAGCCUAUGAGAGAGGAAGAAUAUAUUUUGACAAUUAUCGGUGCUGUGUUAGCAGUGUUGCAUCAGAGCCGAGAAAACUUUAUGAGAUGCCAAAAUGUUCCAAAUCAGAAAAAAUAGAGGAUGCUUUAUUAUGGGAAUGCCCAGUGGGGGAAGUACUUCCCAAUCCAUCAGAUUAUAAAUCCUCACUCAUUGCACUGACUGCUCAUAAUUGGCUACUUCGUAUAUCUGCAACUACUGGAAAAAUCCUUGAGAAGAUAUAUCUUGCUUCCUAUUGCAAAUUCAGAUACUUGAGCUGGGACACUCCUCAAGAAGUCAUUGCAGUCAAGUCAGCUCAGAACAAAGUCUCAGCAGUGGCCCGCGAGGCAGGCCUUCAACAGUCUGUUUUGCUGUACCUUGCAGUGUUCCGUGUUCUACCUUUUUCACUCAUAGGGAUUUUGGAGAUCAACAAAAAAAUUUUCGGGAACGUUACAGAUGCUACCUUAUCUCACGGAAUACUGAUAGUGAUGUAUAGCUCGGGACUGGUCAGACUCCAUAAUUUCCAAGCCAUCACUGAACAGUUCAUGCAACAGAAACUUGACUUAGGGUGUGCAUGCAGAUGGGGUGGGACUACUGGAACUGUAGGAGAGGCUCCUUUUGGCAUUCCUUGUAAUAUUAAAAUCACAGACAUGCCACCACUGCUGUUUGAGGUAUCCUCCCUGGAGAAUGCUUUUCAGAUUGGAGGCCAUCCUUGGCAUUAUAUCAUCACACCUAAUAAGAAGAAACAGAAAGGAGUUUUCCAUAUUUGUGCCCUAAACGACAAUUCCUUGGCAAAAAAUGGGAUCCAAGAAAUGGAGUGUUGUUCUCUAGAAUCUGACUGGAUCUAUUUCCAUCCUGAUGCUUCUGGUAGAAUAAUACAUGUUGGGCCAAAUCAGGUCAAAGUUUUAAAGCUAAAUGAAAUAGAAAAUAGUUUCCAACAUCAGAUCUCUGAAGAUUUUGUCAUUUUGGCCAACAGAGAGAAGAACAAAAAUGAAAACUUAUUCACUGUUACAGCUUCUGGACGGGUAGUGAAAAAACAUUUUAACCUUCUGGAUGAUGACCCAGAGCAAGAGACUUUCAAAAUUGUAGACUAUGAAGAUGAGUUGGAUUUGCUGUCUGUGGUAGCUGUUACUCAACUAGAUGCUGAAGGAAAAGCUCACCUGGAUUUCCACUGUAAUGAAUAUGGAACUUUACUUAAAAGCAUUCCACUAGUGGAGUCAUGGGAUGUGACAUACAGCCAUGAAGUCUACUUUGACAGAGACUUGGUACUACACAUAGAACAGAAGCCAAACAGAGUCUUCAGCUGCUACGUUUACCAGAUGGUAUGUGACACUGGAGAAGAAGAAGAAAACAUAGACAGACGUUGUUAAAAAGAGGGAGAUAAUUUAAAAUUUUUAGAUACAACUUAUGAAACUUUUAGCCAAACUCCCCAGCAGCUGUGUCCAGUCUUCCUUUUAGUUACCUGUGUGUCAAGUCUUCUGGGAUUUUCCAGAAAUAGUCUUGUGUUGACUUCAGAUGACUAUGGCUUCUUUUUUAAACUCUUGCUCUGGAAAGUGGUAAUGACUUCAUUUAUGUAAAGGGUUUUUUUUUUUUUUAGAAUGAUGUCCCAAAAAGCUUAGCAUUUUUGGGCUUUUAGCUAGGUAGUAAUGCAACUAUAAAGUGCUAGGGACAGAUUAAUUCUAAUGGUUGGGGAGAGGGUCAUUGAUGGGAAGUAUUUUAAGAUGGUUCUUAAAGAUGCCAUGGGAUGUUGAUGGGUAAGACUGGGAAGGAGAGACAAAAAUAAAGACAUAAAAGAAAUCCGGUAUCCUCUGUACCAAGCUUUGCUUAAGGAUGAAAAUGAGAUCUGUAAUGUGAAAACAUUUACUUUUGAGCCAAAAAUGUGUCAUGUUUUUUAUUUUUUUUUUAAUCUUAUAUAUGUAUGUGGUCUAGGUUUCUUAGUGCUGCUAUAACAGAAAUAUCACAGUGGGUAGCUUUAAUGAACAGAAAUUUAUUUUCUCACAGUUUAGUAAGCUAGACAUCCAAAUUCAGGGCACUGGCCCUACGGGUGGCACAAUUGUUAAGAACAAAGGCUGCCUGCUAACCAAGAGGUUCGCUGUUCGAAUCCACCAGCUGUUCCUUGGAAGCCCUGUGGGCAGUUCUCUUGUGUCCUAUAGGGUCGCUGUGAGUCAGAAUCGACUUGAUAGCAACAGGUUUUUGUUUUUUUGGCCCUAGAGGAAGGUUUUCUCUCUCUCUGAGCUCUGGCAGAAAGUUCCUGACUCUUUUCAGCUUCUGUUCCUCAGUUCCUUAACAAUCUUGGUUUGUGCUUCCUUCUCUGCACCUAAUGUGCUCUUUUUAAGUCACAAAAGUGAUUGGUUUAAAACACACCUGCCUUGACAUAGUCUCAUUAACAUAACAAAGAAAAUCAUAUUCCCAGAUGGGAUCACAUUCUCCAGUAUAGGGGUUUAGGGUUUACAAUGCAUAUUUUGGGGGAACAAAAUUCAAUCCAAACCGGGAAAAAAAGCCAUACCCGUUGCCAUCGAGUCAAUUCCAACUCAUAGCGACCCUGUAGGACAGAGCAAAACUGUCCUAAACAGUUUCCAGGGAGCACCUGGUGGGUUCAAACUGCCGACCUUCUGGUUAGCAGCCAUAGCUCUUAAUCACUAUGCCACUAGGGUUUCCACAAUUCAAUCCAGAACAAAACAGUAUGUAUGUUUUAUAUUUGUGUAUAAUACCAGGAAUUGGCUCUAGUUCCCAAAAUGUCUUUUCUUAGCUUGAUGUUUCCCUUUAAUAUUUGUCCAUCUAUUAUAGACUGAUGGAAAAGAUUCCAAGCAAAUCUUAAGUGAAUUUUUUUUCUGAUAGUAGCCUGUUUAGCUCUUAAUGCAUUUAAAGGUGUUAUUCUCAUUUCACCAAUCUAUUUCUUUGAUUAGUCUUCCAAUUUUGCUUAGACAGCAUUUUCAUUCUGUGUAGUAAGAUAAAGGCACCCUGGCCUGAAUACGUUGUGCUCCCUGUAAAAGAGUAGAUAAAAUCCCAGGAAGAGAUCUUACUAGCUUGGGGAUUGCCUGGUUAGCUUGAGAAAGUUUUUGGCUAUGUUACUUGUAAAACUUGAGUGUUUUAUUUGUUGCAAUAGAUCAAAAUAUGAUCCUUGAACUCAGAUAAUCAUUCUUCAGAAUGUUAAGUAGAGGGAACCUAAGUAAAGGGAGAAAAUGUUUCUUUGUACUUCCUGUUUGACAAAUCCAAUUGCUUGCAAUCUACGUGUUUCUCUGAUAUACCCUCACAAGAGUGAUAAAAAUAAAAAGGAAAGAGCAGUAAAAAUUAUUGCUAAUUCAGUUUUAAGAAGGUUAAAAUAUGGAAUUUUUGUUUGGAUAAUUUAUACUAAAAUCUUUGUUUUUCCUUCAGCUUUGGUUUGAUCCGUGUUAAGAAUGAUAUAACUCCUGCCCAGUUCUGCCCUUGAAAUUGUGCAGAUAAAGUUCAAACUUAGGAUCAACAGGGCUAAGGAAAGAGGUGUUAGCUAUUCCAAAAGUUUUAAGGAAUUAGUAGCAGGGCCCAUAAGUUUAAAAUAAAUAAAGGGAACACAUGAAAAAAUGUCUUUUGUACAAUAGAAAAGAAAGAUUACUAACAUUCUAGAACAAAGGAAAAUAUGCACGGGCUAAAAAUUAAUCUUUCUGAAUCUGAUGCUAUGUAUAAUAACCAUCUGGGAAAGUAGAAGUGAUUUCCUUGUGAGCAAGAUGAUAAAACUCUCUUUAUAUAUUUAAAUUCUAAUAUUUUUAUACCUACUAAUUGAAAAAUUCUCUCUCAUUUUAUGCAUGUUUAGUAGUACUACUUAAUAUCUGAAGAUUUCAGGGCAUUUUAGAGACAUGAUUAUGAUUACAAAGCAGCUGAGUAGUUACAGUUUACUAGAUAAUGCCCUGGACUUUCAACUGGACACUAGCUAUAUCUAAACAAUCCUGCCCAAUGAAUUUAUGUCUUGAAAAAAAAGUCCAGUAAGAGGGAAUAGAGUGAAAAUACCAGAAGAAAGACAGAAAACAGUGUUGGUAUGUUUUAAAGUAAGUGCAGCGCUGUGUGAAGCAGAAGGCUUACUCUCCAUUUCUAAGAGUAUUUCAGAAAAGGAUGUUGUCAGACUUCACUCCUGUCCAAUUUUUUUUUUUUAAGUGUUUAUUGAGUUUCAUCCUCUCUUUUAAGUCAUUGUCUUCUUUUUGAUGAAACGAUAGAAAGGAACUCAUCUAGUCAAAAAAGCAUUUGAGAAAUAUCUGAAAUUUCCUGGCUGCUUUUUUGGUGCAAAGAGGAAGUAGAAUACUUCUAGUCUAGAUAUGCUCAGACCACUAAGAAGCUCCCAGUGUGUCACCACUGCCAAAGUCUCACUAGACCAUUAUCCAAAUGCCAUACGGGCCAGACCGGAAAUAUGCCUAGUGUAAAAGACAGGAGGAAGUUGUGGGCAGUGUAACAACAGGAAAAGCUAUGCCCCAACUAAAAAGACAAGCUGCUGCUACACUGUUUCAGCCGAUUGUAACAUUAUGUGGAAAUGUGGACUAUAUCAUUGUUAAACAGGGUGGUUAACAAAAAGAUACCAGAAGACACAGAAGAUAACAAAGAAUAUGAGAAAUUUCUAGAUGUCACACAAGGCAGGAGGCAAUACAACUGCUUCCCAAAAGGUAUGGGCUUCCCAGCCCCCCACAUGGCUUACAGCUGCUCAUUCUGCCACCUGCAAGGUGUGAGCUGCUUAGUUUGUCAUUCUCUUGGGGGUAAGGGGGAAAGUAGUGGUUAAUAUCCUCCUGUCUCACAUUGACCCCCACCCCCCCUUCUACCUGAUUGUUUUAGAGACUCUAGCCGUGUGCCCACCUACUUAACAGGUGCUGGUGACAAGUACAUAAACCCCAGUGGUGUAGUGGUUAAGAGCUACAGCUGCUAACCAAAAGGUUGGCAGUUCAAAUCCACCAGACGCUCCUUGGAAACUCUAUGGGGCAGUUCUGCUCUGUCCUUAGGGUUUCUAUGAUUUGUAAUUUACUUGACGGCAGUGGGUUGUUUGUUUUGUUUUGUUUUCUGUUAAGGAGAUGAUAUUGUUCUAUAUAAACGAAUUAAGGUACUUCACAUUCUUCCACCAGUUGAAUGUUUUGUGUCACACACUUUUUUCUUUUUAAAUGAUAGCUUAUAUUUAUUGAAUACUUUCUGCCUACCAGUCACUGUGAUACAUGCAGAAUGGAUUGUCUCAUUGAAUGUUCAAAAUAGCCUCAUAAAGUAUGAACCUCCAUUAUCUUAUCCAUCCCCAUUUUCUAAAUGAGGCAAGUGUGAGGCUUACAGAAGUUAGUUUGCCCAAAGUCCCACAGCCAAUAAGUGCAGAGAUGGGAAACACAUCCAGAUUUCUUUGACAUGAACUUAUGCCAAAUUUCUUCCAAAGCUUUCAGAAGGCAAUGGAUGUAAUUGAAUUCCAUGUUGUAGCAUACUGACAGUUACAAUAUUUGAUACAUGGGAAAAUGCUUAAUAAACACUUUUUUAACAAUGCUUGAAUGUCCAAAUUUUAGACAAAGUUGCUUGAGAUACAGCUGGCAUACUCAAAACUUGAUAUAAAAGGUAGUCUUCAUUCAGUGGUUAGAAGCAGUUUAAAAAUGGUACAAAAAAUUGUACUCUCAUCCUGUUUGUGAUCAUAAUAAACACCAGUAUUAAUUACUCUUAAUGUAACUUGUCUUCCUUUUCAAGAAUAAUUUUUAUGUUUUCUCUUACCAUGUUUACACGUAUCAUCUGCCAUUUAGAAUCUCAGGGAAGGUUCAGGGGCCAAUUUCUGGUCCCUGUGUUGCUAUCUUAUUUCAGGCAAAGAGUGUUGAAUAGAAAGAUAAGAUUAACUGAGGAUUUUUUCCCAUCAUUGUAUUUUGAAAAUUUUUAAACAUACAGCAAAGUUGAAAGAAUUUUGCAGUUAACUCAAAUACCAGCUACAUGGAUUCUACAUUUUCUCUACUUGUUUUAUCACUUACCUAUCCAUCUUACUUUUCUGAUGCAUCUCAGAAUAAAUUGCAAAUAUCGGUAAACUUCCCCUGAAUACAUCAGCAUGCAUAUCAUUAACUAAAGUUUAAUAUUUGUUUAGUUUUAAAAUUCUUAUUUAAUAUUUACAUACAAUGAAAUGUACAAAUAUUAAGUAUAAACUUGCUGAAUUUUUACAAAUGCAUACACCUGUGCAAACCAAAGCCUUUUUAAAAUUUAGAACAUUACAGUCAUUGCAGAAAGUUCCCUCAGAUCUCUUCCCAGCCAGUCGACACUCUAUCCCUCAAGUGUAACUACUGUUCUGUUUCUUUUGUACCACAGGUUAAAUUUGCCUAUUUUGGAACUUCAUAUAAAUGAAAUCAUACAAAGCAUAAUGCUUCUUUCACUCAGCAUAAUGUUUUUGAGGUUUAUUCAUGUUGCGUGUAUCAGUAGUUCCUUUCUUCUUAUUGCGGAAUAUUCUAUUGUAUGAAUAUGUCACAGUUUGUUUUUCCGUUCUGUUGAUGGACACAUGGGCUGUUCACACUUUUUUACUGUUACGAAUAAAGCUGCUGUAACAUUCUUGUUCAG